AUGCGAACUAGUGUAGGGAAUAGACGGACUACACCAACGAUAUCAGUAGGGUCUGCACCACCCCCGCGUCCGCCACCAGCUGACACAUCCGACUGUGCUACGGCUGCGUCCCAAGCUCAUAUCACUUGUUUCAAGUGUAAGGGUAAGGGGCACUGGAUGAGCCAAUGCCCAUCUUCGAAUAUCCUCAUAGAGAUCGAAGAAUUAGGUAGCAGUUCACACGAGGAUGAUGUCCCUGUAGGUGAUGAUGUUUACAUUACUGAUGAGGGUUUGGUUGAUGAGUGUGAUGACACUCCUGAUUUGAUUGGCUACAUCUAGAUCCGGCCAGCCACCGUACUAGCAGCCGAGGCUGCCUUUCUCGCUGCCUCAUUGACGAGCACUUCAUCAAGGGGACUGGUCAGUAUCGUUGUCCAGCGUCCAUCUCGAGACGCGGUUCCUGCACCACAACUUGACACCACGGCAGCUAGAGAGAUCACCUUGGCACCGAGGACGACUAUGCCCACAUCUUCGCCUAUGACAGACGACUCCCUUCGCACGUCGAUCUUCUAUACCUAUGUGAAGAUCAACGGACACGCGUGCAAGGUGAUUGUGGAUAGCGGCAAUUGCGUCAAUGCUGUGUCAGACUAGGUCUUGUAGAGGGAAAGGCUGAGUACUAUUAGCCAUCCAGCCCCUUACGACGUAUCAUGGAUAGAUGCCACUGCACUACCCAUUCAUCGACAAUGUCAAGUGCCACUUAGGGUGAGCACCUAUGAUAAGCACAUCUUGUGUGAUGUCCUUCUGAUGAAAAUCGGCGGCAUCAUACUUGGACGGCCCUGGUUGUUUGACUAUGACGUCCAACUCAUGGGAAGAGCAAACACUUGCUCUUUCAUAUAUCGAGAUCGCUGACUUGUUUGGUAUCCACAUACCAACAAGCCCGUGCUAAAGCGUGACCCUAAGUCACGUAUUAGGUUAAUUGUGAUGAAAGGACCUGCCUUUCAGCAUGAGAUCAUGUCAGACUUAGAUGGAUCCCCGAUGUGCUUCGCUUUCGCUUUGGAUACACGAGCCGACACGACCCUUACCCUGCCUUCUCCAGAAGUCGAGGGUAUAUUAUCGGAGUAAGCCGACGUACUCUCAGAGGAGCUUCCCAAAGAGCUACCUCCAUUGAGGCACAUUCAGCAUGCUAUCGACUUGGUUCUCAGAACAUUACUCCUAAACCUGCCGCACUAUCACAUGGAGCCGGCUAAGUACGAGGAGCUUAGCCAACAGGUACAUGAGCUUUUGGACAAGGGACUCAUCCAACCGAGCCUUAGUCCCUACGCUGUGCCUACAUUACUAGUGCCGAAGAAGGAUGGCACUUGGCGCAUGUGCUGCGACAGUCACGAGAUCAAUAGGAUAAUGGUUAAAUAGUAUUUUUUGAUCCUGUGAUUACAGGACUUAUUCGACAUGAUGACAGGAGCCACUAUCUUUUCAAAGAUAGAUCUAUGCAGUGGUUAUCAUCAAGUCAGGAUACGUCUAGGGGACAAGUGGAAGACCGCCUUCAAGAUCAAGGAGGGCUUGUACGAGUGGAGGGUCAUGUCAUUUGGCCUCUCCAACACGCCUAGUACGUUUUAGAGGCUAAUGAAUGAGGUUUUAUGCCUAUUCAUUGGCCAGUUCGUUGUAGUAUACUUCGACGACAUCUUGGUCUACUGUGGUACUCGAGACUCCCACCUCCAGCACUUACGAUAGGUGUUUGAGGCACUUUGAUAGGAGAAGCUUUAUGCCCAUCCUAAGAAGUGUAGUUUUUUCACUUUCGAGGUUACGUUCCUCGAUUUUGUUGUCUCUGAGCAAGGAGUUUCUGUGGACCCCAAAAAGGUCCACGCGAUAGUCACCUGGCCACAGCCAGGCAGCAUGCACGAUGUUCGGAGCUUCAUUGGACUAGUGACGUUCUACCGUUGCUUCAUUCGGGACUUUAGUUCCAUUACCUCUCCGCUUACUGAUUGCCUCAAGAAGGAGACCUUCCUUUGGACAGAGGCAACUGAACAUGCCUUUGAUUGGGUGAAGGCUCUUAUCACUCAUGCACCGAUACUUUGCCUACCCGACUUUGGCAAGGUAUUUGAGGUCGCCUGUGACACCUCGGGCGUCGGUAUUGGGGGUGUCCUUAGCUAGGAAGGCCAUCCCAUAGAGUACUUCAACGAGAAGCUGAAUGAUGUGAGGCUUAGAUACUCCACUUACGAUCGUGAGUUCUACGCCGUCAUUCAGGCUUUCAAACACUGGCGCCAUUACCUCCUUUAUAUGGAGUUUGUUCUCUUCUCGAACCACGAGGCCUUGAAGUAUCUACACUCCCAGCAAAAGCUGAGCGAUCGACACGCACGAUGGGUUGAGUACUUGCAGGACUUCACCUUUGUCCUUCGCCACAAGAAGGGCAAGAAGAACGUGAUGGCAGACGCCCUCAGCCGACGAGUCCACUUGCUGAACCUCGUGAAGGUUUAGGUGACAGGAUUUGAGUUCCUACCGGAUUCUUACACAAAUUGCUCGAACUUUGGCCACGUUCUACGAGCACUCUCGGAUGGUCCAUCCCGAUAUCAUAAGGACUUCCUUGUGGUCAACAGAUGUAUGUUCUUUAGGAGUAGAUUGUGCAUUCCAUGCACAUCCCUCCGUGACUUCCUCACUUGGGAAUGUCACGUAGGAGAUCUAUUCAGCCAUUUCGGUCACGAUAAGACCAUCGCAGUAGUCGAGUACUAGUUCUACUGGCCGACCCUCAAGCGCGAUGUAGGGAACAUUGUCGCUCAGUGUCGAGUGCGUGCACUCGCCAAGUUGGUAAAGAAGAAUGUUGGACUCUACACGCCACUUCCAGUGCCGACCUACCCAUGGGACGAUGUCAACAUGGACUUCGUUUUGGGACUCCUGCGCACUGCACGAUGACAUGACUCGAUCAUGGUGGUCGUCGAUAGGUUUUCAAAGAUGGCACACUUCGUGCGAUGUUCGAAAACCUCUGACGCCUCUAAGGUCACUAGCCUCUACUUUAGAGAGAUUGUGCAUCUUCAUGAGCUACCCAAGUCCAUAGUCUCAGACCGUGACAUAUAG